GAGACUUGGGUGAGCCGAGUGUCUCCAAGAUGGCCGCUUGGGGAAGGAGGCGUCUGGGCCCGGGCAGCAGCGGCGGCGGCGCCCGCGAGAGGGAAUCAACAGUGUUUGUAAUGAAGAACGUCAGACUCUGAGCUGUAACCUGAAUUCUUGUCCAAAAUUCAGCACACUGGCAGCGAGCACAGCAGAUUGCCACGUGUCCUGUCGGCGUCUUUGAGGCAUACUUGCCCACCUAGGAAAGCACAGUGCAGGUAUCUGUGUACUCUGCAAGUGCGCCAGCCGGACCAGCUCACACAGACAGCCCACAGACAGUGUCUUACUGGGCACUGGGCUUCAUUCUCGGGGCCCCAGGGCCUCCCCGAGCUCCUCUCCGUGAUUGUUGGAAUGGUAAGCUUGUCUGCCACAGACUGCUACAUCGUGCAUGAGAUCUACAAUGGGGAGAAUGCCCAAGACCAGUUUGAGUAUGAGCUGGAACAGGCCCUGGAAGCCCAGUACAAGUACAUUGUGAUUGAGCCCACCCGCAUUGGCGACGAGACGGCGCGCUGGAUCACCGUGGGCAACUGCCUGCACAAGACGGCUGUGCUGGCGGGCACUGCCUGCCUCUUCACCCCGCUGGCGCUGCCCUUAGAUUACUCCCACUACAUCUCCUUGCCCGCUGGUGUGCUGAGCCUGGCCUGCUGCACCCUCUACGGAAUCUCCUGGCAGUUUGACCCCUGCUGCAAGUACCAAGUGGAGUAUGAUGCCUAUAAACUGUCCCGCCUGCCCCUGCACACGCUCACCUCCUCCACCCCAGUGGUGCUGGUCCGGAAGGACGACCUGCAUAGGAAGAGACUGCACAACACAGUUGCGCUGGCCGCCCUGGUGUACUGUGUCAAGAAGAUUUAUGAGCUCUACGCUGUAUGAUCUCAGUAGAGCAGGGGAGCAGUGAAACCACCCAGCCACAGAGACCAUGGAGUGUUCAGGUGGCCAGUCACAUUUUUUAUGUGAGGCAGAGGAGCCUGGGAAGGUGUUUGGUUUAAUAUUUGUUAUUUUUAAAAAAUAACAGAUCAUGGGUGUACCCAGGGAUUUUCCAGCUCAUUACACUAAGAUGUGGAUUUCCACAACUCAAGAGGGCUGGGGUGUGGGGUCUGGCUGGGCAGUGGGACGUGGAUGGAAGCAAACACUGCGGAGGCCAUGGGUGCUCGGGGAGGGGGGCUUGAAAAUUCUGUCCAACUGUACCAUCCGGAGCCAACCAGAAGAUAUUGACCAUUAAAAUUAUGAGAAUUUCAA